UUCUCCCUCCACUGGAUCCCCUCCACUUCCUCAUUCUCACUAAUAUUACUCACCCAGCUCUUGUCUGCCACUACUGCUGAACUACUCACAUGCUACAACUACUCACAUCCCUGACACCUCGGCUUGCAAGCAAAGAAGGUUCCAUAACCACAAGCAACCAUGUCCAGCAAGAAGACAAAAGCCAAGACUACCAAGAAGCGUCCACAGAGGGCGACUUCCAAUGUAUUCGCUAUGUUUGACCAGUCCCAAAUACAGGAGUUUAAGGAAGCCUUCAACAUGAUUGACCAGAAUCGAGACGGCUUUAUUGACAAGGAAGAUCUGCACGACAUGCUGGCCUCUAUGGGUAAAAACCCCACUGAUGAAUAUUUGGAUGGAAUGAUGAGCGAGGCCCCAGGACCCAUCAACUUCACUAUGUUCCUGACAAUGUUUGGAGAGAAACUGAAUGGCACAGACCCUGAGGAUGUCAUCAGAAAUGCCUUUGCCUGUUUUGAUGAGGAGGCUUCAGGAUUCAUCAAUGAAGACCACUUACGAGAGCUCCUCACUACGAUGGGAGACCGCUUCACAGAUGAGGAGGUGGAUGAGAUGUUCAGAGAGGCCCCAAUUGACAAGAAAGGCAACUUCAACUACGUGGAAUUCACCCGCAUCCUGAAACAUGGAGCCAAGGAUAAAGACGACUAGAAGGCAAUGCCCUGCGGCCCUAAAUGAAAGAGAUGCUCUACAAAUGAUGGGCAGCGUUUAGGUCUCCAAAUUUGUAAUUAUGUAAUAUGAGAAGCUUUCCCAUGCUAAGCAAAUUGUGGCAGUGGCCAUAUUUAAAAUCCUCCACAAAAAUGACUGUAAUGCGCCCACUCCUCACCCCUGUCACCUUAGCCAUUCUAAAGGGAAGACGUCAUAUUAAUAUAUAAAUAAAUGAAUUUACUCAAGAGUUGUGUGGAACAAGGACGUAGCCUGCUCUGUUGUUACCAUGUGCCCUUCCUAACACCAAAAACAGCCCCAUAAGGUAAAUUCAGCUUUAUCUUAAUUGACGGCACCAUUGUAUCUGCCACAUCCCCUCUUCCUGCAGUUCUGAUUUUUGGGUUUUCCACCUAAAUAAACAGAAGUGAGAAUGUA